CCCAGACCUUGCUCUGCCGCAUCGUGUCCUUUUCCUGAUCCAUUGCGUGGCUCCUUCACUGCGACGCGCCCUCUCAUGUUGGCUGGAGUUCUGCGCCUGCUUUCACUGUUUAUUGUCUCUUCUGCUUCUCCUGUAUAGCCUUUUCAUAUACCCUUUUUACUAUACACAAUAAUUGCCAUAAUGGAACACGACGAUGCCCCCAAUUUCUCCUACGCGUUCGGCAACACCUCCACAUUCGCGUCCGCCUCUUGGAAUCCGGCCCUACGACCCGACUCGGAAGACGUCCGCCCGGUUGCACCCAUCGCAAAACACUCGGAAUCAUCACAAGAGGAGACCAUGCACGUGCAGAUAACGACGGAAUCGCGUGGUGCGCAGGAUGACGAUCUCUCCACUGCGUCCGCCUUAUCUCCGCGUACCCAGAACAUCUUCCCCGAUAAGGAACCCACGUCUGAAGACAACUUCCUCGAUCGCUAUGGUGGCGAACAUGCCUCAAAGACUCUUCCACCACCGCCGGAACAAGUAAAUGGGCACGGAAAUGGGGUAGUCUAUGAAGCUCCUAUUGGCGCAGAGCAGGGCCUCGACCUGGGAGAACAGAUUACGCAUGGCAUGAAUGGAAGCCUGGGCAGCGCGAUUGACUGGGCCCAACUAGAUUUGCAUGAAGAGAGCGCUCUUGAGGAUAGCAAGCUUCCCGAAGAGCAUGCCCCCGCAGAGAACUAUGAGGCUCAGAGGAAAAUAACUCUCUUGGAGGAGGCCGUGACCGAGAGCGCACAAUCUUCGGUCGUUGCGGACCAUGAGCCGGCGACCGACGAUUGGGGAGCUUCAGAUGAGGUCUUUGACCUCGGUGGGAAGCUGCAGGAGGCACCACUUCCACUUCCAACUCCUCCAGCGGAGGCCGUUGGGACUGCGGUCGGAGAUCAGCUCAUCGGAAACUCAAGCAUUAGCGGGACCACUGGACAUGAAAUAGAUUGGGGGAAUGGAGAUAAUCACGACUUGUUCGGCAGCGGGGAUGGGCAGCUGAUCGAAAGCCGACAGCUCUUGGAAGCGACUCCUGGAGCGCACGUAAUGCAAGACUCAGGGGCGAAGCCUGCUCCUACUGGAGAUAUGUGGGAUCUGGCAUUGGAUGAUGAUUUCUUGCCCGACAACGACGGAGUAGCUGCCCCCUUUGAAUUGGAUGACGAGGGUUUCCUGGAAGAUGAGCCAUCCCAGCCAGCUCAACAUCAUACGCAACCAGCUGAAGGCUCAAGUACCACUAGCAGAUAUGCUCCUCAAAUCGCGCAGCCACCAGCCCCAGCACCCAAUGCAUUCGGGCCCCAGGGACCACAAUUCACUGAUUUCUCUCAGCUGGACGCAAAGAAACCUAUGACCACGCCCAAUGUAAGAUAUGGCGGCUACACCCAACCAUCUCCAUAUCAGCAGCAGGCGGAGAGACCCGCAAUACCUAGCUCUGCUCAAAGCUUCGCGGACAAGGCCAAAGGUGGCUAUCAUUCUCCUUUUGACCUCCCUGAGGAUAUUGUGUCGAAUCGAAAGCGGCCAACGGUCCAUCAUCAUACAACUCCUCCUGUACUGCCCACCCCACCACCACCACCACCACGGAGUAGCAGUAUGUAUUCGAACACUAGUGUCCCUGGUCAGCGUCCACCACCACCUUCGAGCAUGUCUGUUUCUAGUUUGUCUCCCCCGUCCUCGAGCCAUUCGAUGAAGUCGCCACUGAGCGGGAUGCCAUCUUCAACAAAACCAGCAGCGCCUUCUAAGACAGCUUCAAGCGACUUCUUCGCUGAGCUACCUGUGGCCUCGAAACCAAAACCAUCAGGCCGCUAUACUCCUCAACAACACCACCCGUCUCCUCAGUCACACCACGCCCCUCCACAACUCCCGCCCAAAGAGCGGACUAGUUCGUGGUCUUCGCUGCGAAAUGAGGUGCUCCCUGAUGCCACCAACCUUAUCCCGCAGUUUCAACCGCCGGAAAGGCUGCCAGCCUUCCCGGAUUUCCCUUCAGCGCCUGCAAGAUCCAACAGCCUUCCAGUGCCUCAGCCAGGCACUGCACCCGCCCCUUCCCCAUCCAGAUAUUCUCCAGCCCCUCCACCAGCCGCCUCCACGGUCAACGCCCGGUAUUCUCCCGCACCGCCAGCGGCUCCAGCAGCAAGUGCAAGGUAUUCUCCGGCGCCGCCUCCGCAAGGGCCUGCCCACAAUCGCUUUGUCUCUGAACCCAUGAAUGGACUACCAAAGCCACCUCCUCAGCCUUAUGCUCCUCGCACUUCAAGUCCCCUUGCUCAACAUACCGCUCAACAGGAUCCGGCCGCCACACCUCAAACAGUGCCAGACCAGUCCACUCAUCAAGGCCAUCACGUUAUGUACUCCGUUGAUAGCGUUCCACGGAUCCCCAUGAGACGUCCGCUCGAAGAAGUCAGCGAGAUCGAAGAACAGGAACAGGAGCAAGAUGCCAGACACAUCUCAGGACGACCAGUGCCUGCACGAUCAGAGACUCCACCCCCAAGCGGUCUUUCUUCCACUGUUGGUUCGCCCAGAAAGCGGUCGAAUUAUACUCCACAGUACCAGCCAGGUCCCCCACCUUCAGCAACACAUGUAGCCCCACCACGGCGGUCUCUAUCACAAUCUCCUGGCGCGACAAUGAAAAGUCCCCUGCGGGCCCUUUCUUCGGUCGAGCGCCCUGCAUCUUCACAUGGGAUUAUGUCUCCUGCUUCCAACUAUGGCAUUCCAAGCGCUAUUCCAAAUGUUGUUCAGAGUACUGUAAAUGUCAUUCCUCAUAAACGCCAUGUGUCACACGAUUUCGAAUACAUCCCCCCUACGGACGAGCGCGUAGCUGACCCCCUUUCCCGAUGGAAAGGCUAUCCAAUCUUCACAUGGGGAUUGGGAGGCACCGUUGUCACCAGCUUGCCCAAGCAGAUUCCGCGUUACGGUGGCGGAUCAUCUAUGCCGAUGAUGAAGUGCAGCCCGGGAGAGGUGAAAAUCCAGAAUAUGAGAGAUAUCCUGCCUAUGCCUGAAGAUAUUGCGAAGUUCCCUGGUCCACUCAAGUCGAAGAAUAAAAAGAAGGAUGCAUCAGCUUGGCUGGGACGGAAAAUUGAGGUCUUAGAAAGCCAGUUGAAGGCCCCCGGCAUCGACCAGUCCAUGAAUGUAGACGACAUAAAACGCUUGGAAGAGAAGGCCCUGCUUUGGAAGAUCAUGCAGGUUUUGGUGGACAAUGACGGGCAUCUAGAGGGUAACGCCACAGUCGAGGCAGCCGUUCGCAAAGUGCUGUCCUAUGAUGAUCUAGACUCAAACGAUUCUACCAACUCCUUAUCGACCGGGGCAGAUCUUGUCGGCGUCUCAAGGUCAAACACUGUGCCUGUUCAGGCUGAUCCAAUCGAUCCCAAAGUGGUGCAAGAACUGCGGACGUUGCUCACAAAGGGUGAUCGCGAGAAGGCUGUAUGGCAUGCCGUCGACCAACGACUAUGGGCUCAUGCGAUGCUUCUCUCUUCAACUCUCAAUAAAGACAUCUGGAAACAGGUCGUACAAGAAUUCGUCCGAAAGGAAGUUAAGAAAAUGGGAGGAAAUAAUCAAGCUCUCGCGGUUCUGUAUGAGAUCUUUGCGGGUAACUGGGAGGAUUGCGUCGAUGAACUCGUCCCUGCAUCUGCUCGAGCUGGUUUCCAGAUGCUGAGUACCGACGGCGCCGGAUCGACCCAGAAUGCCCUCCAAGGGCUUGAGAAGUGGCGCGAAACACUGUCCCUGAUUCUCAAUAACCGCAGUGAGGGUGAUGUGCAGGCCCUACUUUCUCUCGGAAAGCUUCUCGCUGGCUAUAGAAGGGUUGAAGCGGCACACAUUUGCUUCCUCUUUGCACGCUCUGCUGCGUACGUUGGUGGCGUUGACGACACUCAAUCAGACAUUGUUCUCGUUGGGACUGAUCAUCGCUUGAAUCCUCUGGAGUUGGGUAACGAUCUUGAACCAGUGCUCUUGACUGAGGUCUACGAGUUUGCGCUGUCGUUAUCAGCACCCAGUGGCUCACACGUCAUCCCCCACCUGCAAAACUACAAGCUUGCCCACGCCUACCUGUUGGCUGAGUACGGACAAAAGACAGAUGCUCAGACGUAUUGCGACGCCAUUGCUGUUGCGAUGAAGUCAACAACACGGGUUUCACCUUACUACCAUGGAGCCUUCAUUGCGAGCUUGGAUGACCUUAGCAAACGCCUAUCUCAAUCUCCCAAAGACGGCUCUUCGUCGUGGAUCUCUAAACCUAGCAUGGACAAAGUGUCAAACACCCUGCUGUCCAAGUUCAAUAGUUUUAUUACUGGCGAUGACGAUGACACGGCAUCAAACCAUUCUGCAGGCAAUGAAGUGGGACCGUUUGCGAAGAUCGCUGGAAACACUCCAUCAAUCAGCCCAUCUCAAUCGGGUAGUGACCUAUACGGGACGUACUUUGGAGGUGGCGUUGCGCCAGCUUCUCUCCCCUCUAACUCGCGAUAUGCACCAUCAAAUGCGUAUGCUCCCAGAGGCUCACUAGACCAGGGCACCUCUCGCUACGAGCCACCCGGUCGAACUUCAAUGGAAUCCGCUGAUGGGGGGCUUGCGAUGCGACAGCCAUCAAGCAACUACUUGCCUUCCCCUCAACUCUCCGGUCCCUACACCCCAUCUCAACCUCCCUAUAGUCCGCCCAGCACGAGGACACAAGCUCCAAAGACACAGUCGUACUCCCCACUUAAGGCCGACGCACCCACUCCUACGUAUGGCAGCCCUUACCAAUCGAUUCCUACAGAAGAACCUUCGCCAAGCUUCGGGGGAUACCAGCCUCUAUCUACUUUCGAUGAUACACCACCGUCCGAGCCUGCCCAGACAUCUGACGGAUACGAGCCUCCAUCGAUAAGCUAUGAGCCGCCGACAAGCUCCUACGAACCUCCGACCUACCAGCCGUACAGCCCUGACGACGGAGAUGCAUCACCCGUCGAGAAGCCCAAAAAGAACAAAUCGAUCAUGGAUGACGAUGACGAUGACGACAUCACUACGCGCGCCGCCGCCCUCAAGGGCAACAAGAAAUCCGAAGCGGAUCGUAAAGCCGACGAAGCCUUCCGGAAAGCCGCCGAAGCAGAUGCAGCCCGUGACAAAGACACUAGGAAAUCGUCUGGUUGGUUUGGCGGAUGGUUCAAGAAAGAUCCCAACGCGGCUCCUGGCCCCAUCAAAGCGAAACUGGGAGAGGAGAAUAACUUCUACUACGACCCCGAACUCAAGAAAUGGGUCAACAAGAAAGCAGGUGCACAGGAAGCUAGUAAACCCAUCGCAACGCUGCCACCCCCGAAAAGCGGUCCUCCGAGUCGCAGUGUUAGCGGUAAUAGCGUAUCCGCGAACCACGCGUUAGGUGGUAUGGGUCCACCUUUAGGCUCGAGCCUACCACACGCACUCUCCGCCCCGACGUCACGUCCACCAACGAGUAACCCGCAAAGGAGUUCGAGUAUGCCGCCACCAAUGAGUGGGCCUGGGUCUAGGGCCUCGACACCCGGUAUUCCGAGUGAUAGUGAAGGGUCUAAGUUGCCGACACUCAUGCCGCCGACUUUGGGAUCGAGUGGUCCGCCUUCGAGACCAAGUACGGGCAUGAGUAAUGCGUCGAGCAUUGAGGAUUUGAUUGGGGCGCCGGCGGCAAGGAAGGGGGGUGCGAAGAAGGGGAAGAGGGGGGGAAGGUAUGUUGAUGUAAUGGCGAAGCCGUAGUGAUGAUAGCGUGCUUGUGAUAGUAGGGUAGGCGUGGUGGUGAAGUUUGAGCUAGGGUAGUGGUAACGGAAUUCAGAUGGCGUUUACAGGACGGGUUUUUGAGUCGGAUUUUCGGUCGGCGUUUUACGAAGGACUUGGUUGGUAUUGUGAUUUGGUUUACAGGGCCGUACUUCACGUCCCUUUUGCUAUCCUUCGUUGUACGAGGAUGAGGGGUAUUGUGCAGACGAGCGUUGGGGCAUCUCCCUCGUAGAAAAAAUGUGAGUUUCAUUUGAUGCUGUUACUGCUUGUAGUAUGGUUUUAAUAUUUAUACUUCCUUUCUUCCUUAUCUUAAUUCAUUCGACUCUGUUAAGAUAACCUGACGUCGAAGCUUGGAAGGAGCAUGAUAGGCGGUUAUUUGGGGUUGAAUAUGGC